AUGUCUACUUUGCAACGUCGUAGAGUCAAUAGAGCAGAUUCUGGAGAUACAUCCUCCAUGCAGUCAAUGUCUAACAACGACAAUUCCAAGGGCGACAAAAUUGCUAACAUUGGUAUCGAUGAUGAUGAUAGCGGAGCCAACAAAAAAAUUGCAUAUGACCCAGAAGAAUCGAAAUUGAGGGAUAAUAUCAAGAUCCCAACUCUGACUUUGAUGGAGGAGGUCUUGCUGAUGGGUCUAAGAGAUAGAGAGGGGUAUUUAUCAUUUUGGAAUGAUAGCAUCUCAUAUGCUCUACGUGGUUGUAUACUUAUUGAAUUGGCGUUAAGAGGCAAAAUCAGAAUCUUAGAUGACUCCGCCAGGAAAAGAUUUGAUCUUUCUGAAAGGCUGGUUGAAGUUGUUGACGGUUCCAAGACUGGAGAAGUUUUACUGGAUGAAACUUUGCAAUUGAUGAAAAACGAUGAACCUUUAACUAUUUCUAAUUGGAUUGACCUUUUAAGCGGUGAAACUUGGAACCUUUUAAAGAUUAACUAUCAAUUGAAACAGGUCAGAGAAAGGUUGGCCAAAGGAUUGGUUGAUAAAGGUGUAUUAAGGACGGAGAUGAAAAAUUUCUUUUUGUUCGACAUGGCCACGCAUCCUAUCGCGGACGCAAGUUGCAAAGAAGCUAUCAAGCGUAGAGUACUCUCCGUACUGGUAUCGAGGAACAUGGAACUAAGUUACAAUGAAUAUUUCCCGGAAACAACCUCUUUUAAAAUCAUUAGAACCUUAGCUUUAAUAUGUGGAUCAUAUGGAGCAAACGUAUUAGAGAAUGUUUUGACUACGUUGGAAUAUGAGAAGAGGGACAAGGCAAUCAAUAGAGCUGAAGAGAUAAUGGCACAGUUUUCGCAGUAUCCGUUUGAUUUAGAAAAGGAGACUGAAUUAGGCGUCUCCGUUAAUUUAAAUAAAGAAGUCAAAGAAGAAAUAGAAAACAAUACUGGCCAUGAUUUGCAAUUGGAAGUUAUCGCUGGUGUAUUUGAGGUCUUUUCAAGAAUGGAUAUGCUAUUAUGA